GAAGAAAUGAAGGAGUACAGGAAGCUCUAUCCGCCCCAGCCAAUGUUCGUAGAAUGGAGGUCUGGUGACAUCAAUAUCGAGUUGUUCGAUGGCUCAAAGGAAAAUAUGGAGAACAUUGACAAACAGAUACUAGGUGAAAGGGAUAUGUACCUCUUUGACAGUAAACAAUUCUCCUUUGAAGUGAAGCCACUCGAGUCGGAGGCAAGCCAAAGGUUCCUCGAAUUUACCUUGGAUCAAAGAAAGUCUUCUUCUUACCCUACCCUGAUUCGUUUCGACUUGAAAUAUGAUGCAACAACAAACGUGGACAUGACAACAGCGGCAGGAGCAGCAUCCUGUACCAUGGAUGCAGGAUCAGCAGGGGUGUCAACGCUAUCAGGUGCAUCGGAUGAACAGAAAGUGACAGAUGCGGAUAUCCUGAACCUAGCAAAGCUUCUACCACCUGAUCGGUGGAGCCAUCUCUAUGUUGCUCUUCGCAUCGAUUACAGCACAGCUGAAGGUAUCAGAAAGGAGUUUACAGACAAAACUGAGCAGUACAUACACCUCCUUCAAAAUUGGAAAGCUGCAUCAACUCGGACUAGAAAGGAUUUAAAUGCAAUCCUCGUUAAGGUAGAAUCAGGGGGACUUGUAGACAUGUACGUGGAUGAGGUGUAA